ACAGAACUGGUGAGUGAGGCCGCGGCGGCUUAACUCGGGGACUCUCGAGCCAGGCCUCAGGUGGAGCCUGAACAGGGCUUUGGCUGGUCGAGGUCACUGGCUAGUCCUCCAGCAAAGGUGCUCACAGGUGUCCCAGUGGGACUGUACUUGGGACGGUGCACCAGGUCUGCACUGGGGAGCAGGUGGGUGUGAAUGUGCGUCAGCCUCUGUGCUGGGCCAGGGGCGGGGAAUGGCAGGCAGAGGGGUGCGGCGGGAGCCCAUUCUAGCAGGGUGAUGCCAACUGCAGAAAGUCAGCUGGAGGCCAGAUGACAAGGGCCCUCUGCUUGGAGGGUCUGUGUGACCUUGGGACAUCAGCAAAACAUGUUUCCUGGGCUCCGUUCUGCUUCCGGAUCCCUAGAAUUCUUAGAGCAAAUAGUGAACAGGACGAUGCGUUUGUACAGCUCCGUGACCGGGCACCAGGAAACUUCAUAGGGAGGCCAGAUACAGAGAUGAGGGGGCAGUGUAGAGAGACAACAUCUCCAGGAGAAGGUGUCAUGGAGUCAUCGAACCCUAAGUGGACUGGGAUCAUCUUCUCAAUCAAGAAUUUCAGGCAGUGUAACAACGUGUGAGGGAUGGAGCUAGUUAGGAUAAACGUGCUUUGAUAUUUGCAAGCAGAAAACGAGAAAUCAAUGAUUGUCAUCUUUACUUUUUUAGGUUACGAUGAACGUGAAUUAUUCGUUUACAAGAACUGCACAAACAACUGCACAUUUGUGCACCCCUCUCAGCAGCCUCCUGAAGCCCCCAGGAGAAAAUACUUUCAUUCUAACUCUUUCUAUUUUGUUCGUUGCUGUAAUGGUAUGACCUGCAAUGAGGGGGGUAUUACUAAUCUUGAGAGGGACAUCCUUCCCGAAAUGACAAUUGAGGAGGAAUUGGAAGGAACUGUGCGAUUAGGGCAGUCAACCUUUUUCCUGAGCUUUGCCUCCAUUGUGGUCAGCAAUACACUGACAUGAGAAGCUGCCUUUGGAGGGUCUUACCAUCUCCCCAUUCCCCAGAGCCGGUUGGCUGUCCUUUGCUCUUUUGUGAGGCAGAGACAGUGACCCACGGGGUCCCCAGUUGGCAAGUCACCCAUUUAGGGCUUGUUUGGAGGGAGAAAUAAAGAGCAUGAUGGUUUGGUUACUGUGUACUCGGAUUUCUUUGUGGUGUUAGCUCUGAUCCAUUGUUUUCCUUGUUAGGCACCACUCACAC